AUGAGGGAUGCCAAUCCCUGCUCCACACCAAUGGUUGUUGGUACAAAACUAUUUGCUCGUGUUAGUCCCUUAUUUGACCAACCAAGUCUCUAUAGAAGCACCAUAGGGGCACUACAGUAUUUGACCCUUACAAGACCAGAUAUUAGCUUCCCUGCCAAUCAGUUGAGUCAAUUUUUACAAGCACCUACUGAUCUACAGUGGCAAGCCUGCAAAAGAGUGCUUCGGUAUAUCAAAGGUACUCUAUUCUAUGGGCUUCAGCUCAAACCAGUGAGCACUCUUCAUGUUGAGUGUUAUACCGAUGCUGAUUGGGCUAGUAACCUGGAUGAUAGAUGGUCAACUAGUGGUUAUUGUGUCUACCUUGGUCCAAAUUUGAUUCAGUGGAGCUCUAGGAAACAAAAGGUAGUGGCUCUCUCCUCCACUGAAGCUGAAUAUAGAGCAUUAGCUCUCUCCUUUACUAAAGUUCAAUUACUGCAUUUGAUUGGUUGCUGGAUCAGUUCAGAAGUUUUUUGA